UCAAAGCUGCCAAGUUAACUGUCACCACGUCCUGGCUCCUGUUCCCUCAUUUAAUAGACAGGUUCCCCAAGUGUGAUGACGUCACGACCCAUCUAAAGUUUACUUCACCUACAGGCAGGUGGCCUCUCGUCGGGUUCAGUGCAGGUCGGCUCUUCUGCAGCGCAGCGCAGCAGUCUGCGGGAUGGCGUUGAUAGAAGCGUUCGCGAGCGUCCAGCUGCACGUGUGGUUCGCUGCGCUGUGUCUGGUCGCUGUGGUUUAUAAAGUGGCGAUGCUGCUGGAGAAACGACGGGUGUCACUGCGGAACAUGGACGCUUUUCCAGGCCCGCCGCCGCACUGGCUGGCUGGGAACGUUUUAGAGUUUAAACAAGAUGGGAAAGAUUUAGACAGGAUUAUCGAGUUAGGAAAACAGUACCCUUAUGCUUUCCCAAUUUGGUUCGGUCCAUUUGUUUGUUUCCUUCAAAUUCACCAUCCAGAUUAUGUGAAAACUUUACUGUCAUCAACAGCACCAAAAGAUGAAUAUGCUUAUAAGUUUAUUGAGUCUUGGAUUGGGGAAGGUUUGUUGGUGUCAAAUGGUCAGAAGUGGUAUCGGCACAGAAGGCUUCUGACGCCGGGUUUCCAUUAUGAUAUUCUCAAACCUUACGUAAAACUGAUGUCGGACUCUACUAAAACUAUGUUGGACAAAUGGGAACAUUUCGCAAAAACUGGAGAAUCCUUUGAAUUGUUUCAACAAGUGAGCCUCAUGACACUCGACAGCAUCAUGAAAUGCGCAUUCAGCUACGACAGUAACUGCCAGACUGAUAAUGGAACAAAUACAUACAUCAAAGCAGUGUAUGAGCUCAGUGAUCUGAUUAAUCUUCGGUUCAGGACCUUUCCGUAUCACAAUGACCUCAUUUUCGCACUCAGCCCACAUGGCUUCAAACAUCGGAAAGUAUGCAGGGUGGCCCACAGCCAUACAGCGGAAGUUAUACGAAAGAGAAAGGAAACAUUAAAGACAGUGAAGCAAAUGGAACAAGUCAAGGAAAAGAGAAAUUUGGACUUCCUGGACAUCCUUCUUUUUGCAAAGUAUGAGAAUCAACAGGGUCUGUCAGAUGAAGAUUUACGAGCAGAAGUGGACACCUUCAUGUUUGAAGGCCAUGACACCACGGCCAGUGGCAUGUCUUUCAUUCUCUACAGUCUGGCCUGCCACCCAGAACACCAGAGGAUUUGCAGGAAUGAGAUCAUGGAGGUUCUGGAUGGGAAGGACACAAUGGACUGGGAAGAUCUGAACAAAAUCCCAUACACUACAAUGUGCAUCAAAGAGUCCCUCCGUCUUUACCCUCCUGUGCCCGUAAUAUCACGAACAAUCACCAAGCCCGUGACAUUUUUUGAUGGGCGGUCUGUGCCUGAAGGUUCUCAUAUUGGUGUAAGUGUGUAUGGGAUUCACAGGAAUGCAACGGUCUGGGAAAACCCUGAUGUAUUUGAUCCAUUGCGUUUCCUACCGGAAAACGUCUCCAAGAGGUGCCCUCACGCAUUUGUGCCUUUCGCAGCUGGACCAAGAAACUGCAUUGGUCAGAACUUUGCCAUGAAUGAGAUGAAAAUAGCGACUGCCCUGACACUGAAGAAGUAUGAGCUAAUAGAAGACCCCACUAGGAAACCGAAGAUAAUCCCUAAACUGGUGCUCCGCUCAAUCAAUGGUAUCCACAUCAAGAUAAAACCCAUUGAGCCUUAAUGCAAAGAGCAGGUUUAUGCUCUCUGGGAUUUCACACUGAAACUGAGUUUUAUGUAAUUUAAAAUUUUCUUAAAUCAUUUGAUUUGUACUUGCUGGUCUGGUAUUUUCUACGAUUCUUCACUACUUCCAUUAUUUGCUUAUUUUUCAUUUGUGAAUGUGUUGUUCAGAACUAAAUGAUUAUUAAUUCAUAGUUAUUUGUUAAUGCAGUGAAAUUAACAUUUUUAUUUAAAGAAUUUUUUGAGUUUUUGGGUGUCGUUCACUGAAUUAUAACCGACUCAUUCUGUUUAAUACCACUGUGUCAAUAGGCAUAUUUCAGCACAGAUUGCUAAAUGCAGCAUAAGCUAAUUUGAUAUAUACUAAGCUAUACUUGCUAAAGUAAUAAAAUGUGGGAAGGUGUGAUGUGAAAUACAAAGUAAUAAAUAAGGUAAAUAAAGUAAUAAAAUUUUUUUACACCUAACAGUGAAAAUAUAACUUGGUGACCCAUCACACUGGACCUAUUAACCAGUAACUCAGACAAGCAUAUCUAGCUGACACAUUCAGGUUUAAAUGUUUAGGUCCAGGUCUUGUGGAGCUCUCUUAGCCUCGUUUGCGAUCCCCAAAAUGGAUCUGAUUUCCAUCUAUUGUUAACUGCUGACUAGGUCUUGUAGAGAAUAUAUUUUAAUGCAAGAAGCGGUGUGUGGUUUUUAAUGAUGAAAACUUGUAACAACAACUAAUAAAACUAU